GCUGAACUGGCAGCCCUGACCGCACCACAAAUCCGAACUUUUUCGCUUUUUCAUGCGAAUUUGAUCUUACAAACUGGUACUUUCCCGCACAACAUGGCCGGAGCGAAUCUGCUGACCCAGCUGGACGCCAUCCACCUGGACGACCUGGUCUACGUGGAGCGCGACCUGAACUUUGCCCAGAAGGUGGGCCUCUGCUUCCUGCUCCACGGGGACGACCACUCGCACGCCACCUACAUCCUGCAGAAGCUGCUGGUGAUGACGCGAUCGGAAGCCGACUUCCCGCCCAGCGAUCUCCUCCAGCAGUACGCCAAAUCCCGGCCAGACGCCUGGCGGAGGCACCUCGUGGAGGCCCUGUGCAUUGUGGGCGCCCGCCAGGUGCUGCGCCGCCUGGGCUUCCGCUGGCAGGAGCUGCGGCUGCACUACCUGCCCCACGUCGCCGAGGUGGCCCUGCAUGUGCAUCCGCUGCUGAAGAGUCUCUACAGGAUCUGCGAGCAGCUGACGCUGGCGCAGAGCGGUCGCUUGGUCCUGGAUGUGGGCGAGAAGGUGGCGCGUCAGCAGGCGGGCGAUCCCCUGCGCUUCUACGAUCCCACUUACCUGGAGAUCUUCCUGCUGGACUGGCUCACCAGGGGAUCCCUGCGGCUGGGCGACAUCAAUGCCGCCGGCAGCGAUGUUCAGCUUCUGAUUGAGCACCUCAAGUUCAAUGAUCUGCAGGAGCAGGCCAAGCUGCUUAUAGACACCAUCAACAGCAAUGCCCCGGAGGCGGCUCCUCCUGCUCCUCCACUGGUGGCCAUCAAGCAGGAGACGCAACUGGACAGCUCAGCCAGCUCAGUUAGCUCAGCCAGCUCCUCCCGGCGAGGGAAUGCCCUCGAGCUGAGUCGCGAGAAGGCGGGCAUCGUGCUGAUCAUCAACCAGCAAAGGUUCCACCGCAAUGUCAGCGAGGAUCUCAAGCAAUACCUGCCGUCUAAGAAGUUGCAGAACCGCGCAGGAACGGAUGUGGAUAAGCAAAGACUGACCGAGGUCUUCUCCGCGAUGAACUACCAGGUGGAGGCGCGCGAUAAUGUGGAUCAUUUGGACAUGGUGCAGCUCGUGCGCAGUGCCUGCGACAGAUCCCUGCUGCAGGACUCGCUGGUCGUGUGCAUCCUGAGCCACGGCUUCGAGGAGGCCGUCUACGGGGCCAACAGCAUCGCCCUGCGGAUAGCGGACAUCGAGAACGUGCUCUGCAGCUACGAGACGCUGUACAACAAGCCCAAGCUGCUCAUCAUCCAGGCCUGCCAGGAGGAGGCGCUCCGGGAGGGCGAGGAAAACAAGCCAUUCAAGAUCGAUGUGACCACCCAGUCGCCCAGUCAGCAUGUCAACAUGGUGCGCGCCAUGUCCACGGUGAACGGAUUCUCCGCCCUGCGGCACACGCACUCGGGCAGCUGGUUCAUCCAGGGGCUCUGCGAUGCCAUCGAUCAGCACUCCGCCAGCGAACACAUUGCCGACAUCCUGACCAUCGUCACCAACGAGGUUUCCCAGAAGCGCGGCAAGAACGACGAGUCCAUGGUGCCCAAGUUCAACAGCUCGUUUCGCCAGCACGUCUACUUUCCACCUCGCCUGUGAUUGCAAUAUUAUUUCGUUAAAUAAAAGUGUCUAAAGUUA